AUGGACGUUGUGCUUGACAAAGGUGCCACCCAUGAUGAUGAUCAUAGCCUCCCAAAGGUGCGGACCUUAGUCGUGAAGUCCAUGAUGCCGGGCAAGGAAACUCAACCACGGCUAGCUCGCAAAGUCUUGAUGGCCAGUAACGACCAUGAUAGCAUGCAGCCAAGGACCAUUGUUGGAGGGUGCUACAAAGUAGUGCUCUACUAUGAUAAUGAUAAUAGUGAAGAGAGUGGUUGGUCUUUUUAUGGUUGGAUUGUGGAGUCACUGUGCAUGGUCCUAGUGGACUACCCUAUACUCGCUGGGAGGCUCCUGGAAAGAGACACGGGACUGGAAAUUGUGUCUACUGAUUCUGGGUUUCGACUAUUGUCGGCACAGUGUCAAUGGAGCUUGUCACAGUUUCUUGAUCUCAAUGAGAGACACAAUAAUAAUGAGACUGAGCUUGUCUACUGGAAGGAAAUUGAUGGGACACUUCCUCAGUUCUCCCCCUUGUGCUAUGUUCAGGAGGAUAACAUUGUGAAUUCUUAG